ACGCGUAGAGCCUGCCCUAAUCCUUCCUCGACCAAUCAACGAGAAGAAAUGGGCGGAAAUACAGUAGUCUCUAAUACCAGCAGCAAAUGUUACAAAGUAAAUAUCUUGAAUGUAUGGAGGACUACAUGGCGACUGUAUUUGCAUAGUUUAAAGAGGCGGUACAUAGAUAUAUUACUACUUAACUUAAACUUUGUGGAUGCUGACCAUACGGCCCCUGAGCUCCCCUGUCUAAGUAUGGACCAGUAGCCGCCCUCGCUGUACAAUGGGGCUGUUCACUCAGCUAGGGCUUCUACUGUGGAAGAACAUCACCUAUCGACGGAGAAAUAAGAUUCAGCUGUUGAUUGAGAUACUAUGGCCGCUCUUCCUCUUCCUCAUCCUCAUCGCUGUGCGGCGCUCACACCCCCCAUAUAAACAGAGCCAAUGUCACUUCCCAAACAAAGCCCUCCCCUCGGCAGGAACUCUGGCCUGGGUGCAGGGCAUCGUCUGCAACAUCAACAACCCCUGCUUCCAUCAACCCACACCGGGGGAGACACCCGGACAAGUGGGCAACUUUAACAACUCCAUACUGUCCCGUAUGCUGGUGGAGGUUCAGACGGCGUUGGCCCAAAGCCGUAAUGAGUCGGCCCUCUCCAGCUUCCAGGCACUCCGAGAAGUGGCGCAGAGAAUAGGAGAGAGGCCCGAGACAUGGCCAAAUUUGCCUGUGGGGGAGUACCUGCGAGCCAAUGAGACGUUUUCCAGCUUCCUCCUGACCAAUGGCAGCAUGCCACGUAAUGACAUCGAUGCCCUGCUGAGGGCCAGACUCAACUUCCAGGUGAUCUCUCUGGCCGGAGCGGGCAUGCGUCUGACGAACAUUGUGUGUAAUGCGUCUGUGCUGGAGCGCUUCCUGACUGUGGAGGAGGGGGACUCGAUGACCCAGCUGCAGGCCAGCCUGUGUGCCGUGGACCCAGACAUACUACAGAGGGCGGAGCAGCUCUUCCUCUCCCACCUGGACUACACCAAGAUAUUUACAAGAGAGAGACUGAGGGCCAAUCUGGGGGAACUGAGGGCUCUCAGCCAGGCCGUCAGCUCCGUGUCUCAAGAAGUGGCCAACCUCUUGGAUGAUUUUUCCAACCUCUCUGGUUUCUCUGACCUGAACUCAGAGCUACGCCUGCUCUCUCCAGAGAACCGUUCUCAGACGCCCUUCCAGAGCUUCCGUGCCUUCAGCCGCAUUGUGUGUGGCCACCCUGAGGGGGGCGUUGAGAGGAUCCCCUCCUUCAACUGGUACGAGGAUCACGACAUCAAGUCCUUCCUGGGCCGUAAUGGCACCGAAGAGGACGACAUAGACGAUGACAACAGCACAUCUCCCUUCUGCAAAAGCGUCAUCCAUGAUCUGGAGUCCAACCCCCUGUCCCGCAUCGUAUGGAGAGGAAUCAAGCCCCUCUUCAUCGGGAAGCUGCUGUACACCCCAGACACCCCCGCAGUACGGGAGGUCAUGAAAGAGGUGAAUAGGACCUUUCAGGACCUGCAGAUCCUGGAGGACAUAAGGGGGGCUUGGGAAGAGAUUGGGCCCCGCAUCAAGACCUUCAUGGAGAGCAGUGUGGAGAUACGACUACUGCAGGACCUGCUGCGUCGUACAGAGGUGGCGGUGCUGGUAAACAUGCAGCUGGAGAACACUUCCUGGACCGCCUCCCGCAUCUCUCGUUUCCUCACAACGCCCGACCCCAACAUCCCCCGCAAGGAGGGGGCUCAGCCCACCUGGUUUGACAUGUUUCAGGAUGUCAACAAUACCAUCACCACCAUGGGCCAGAUCACUGAAUGCUUCUCUCUGAAUAAGCUGGAGGGCGUGGCCACGGAGGGUCAGAUGAUUGACAGGGCUCUGGAGCUAUUGGUGGACAGGCAGUUCUGGGCGGGAGUAGUCUUCAUGCUUCCAGAUCCCUCUGCUCCCGCCCUCCCUCCUCACGUCUCCUAUAAGAUACGCAUGGACAUCGAUGACGUCACACGGACCAAUAAGAUCAAAGACAAGUUCUGGGACCCAGGCCCGGCGGCCGAGCCCUUCAGUGACAUGCGCUACAUCUGGGGCGGCUUCGUCUACGUCCAGGACCUGGUGGAGCGGGCGCUGACCCGGGUCAUGACGGGCAAGGAGCUCAAUAUGGGAGUCUACCUACAGCAGAUGCCAUACCCCUGCUUUGUGGACGACGUUUUCCUGCGUGUGUUGAACCGCUCGUUGCCGAUGUUCAUGACGACGGCGUGGAUCUACUCGGUGGCGAUGAUCAUCAAGUGCGUGGUGUACGAGAAGGAGGCGCGGCUUAAGGAGACCAUGAGGAUCAUGGGAUUGGGUUCCGGAAUGCUCUGGAUCAGCUGGUUCAUCAGCAGCUACGUGCCUUUCCUCAUCAGCGCCGCCCUGCUGGUCACCUUCCUCAAGAUGGGUGACAUCUUGCCAUAUAGUGACCCGGUGGUGGUCUUCUUCUUCCUGGCGGCGUUUGCCACGGCGACCAUCAUGCUGUGUUUCCUCAUCAGCGUCUUCUUCUCGCGUGCCAACCUGGCGUCCGCCUGCGGAGGACUCAUAUACUUCUCUCUAUACCUGCCCUACGUGCCCUGCGUGGCGUGGAGAGACCACCUCCGCACCUGGCACAGAGUACUCGCUAGCUUCCUGUCCCCGGUGGCUUUUGGCUUUGGUUGCGAGUACUUUGCCCAGUAUGAGGAGCAAGGCGUGGGCAUCCAGUGGAACAACAUGAACUCCAGCCCUACAGAGGGUGAUGGCUACAACUUCGUCAUCUCCAUCGUCAUGCUCUACAUAGACGCCUUCAUCUACGCCGUAAUGGCCUGGUACAUAGAGGCCGUAUUCCCUGGUGAGUUUGGCGUCCCCAAGCCCUGGUACUUUAUCUUCCAGGUGAACUACUGGGGAGGGGUGCCCCUGGAAGCCGGCAUGCCCAUACCCCCCGCACCUCCAAAUGAACAAGACGAGAGGUUGGAGCCGGAGCCCCAGAACCUGACUCUUGGGGUGGCCAUCCGAGACCUGGUCAAGAUCUACAAGAAGGGCGGGAAGUUGGCUGUCAAUCAUCUGAAUCUGAAAUUUUACGAGGGCCAGAUCACCUCAUUCCUCGGACACAAUGGGGCAGGAAAGACCACCACCAUAUCCAUCCUGACAGGUCUGUUCCCCCCCACGUCCGGCUCGGUGUAUGUGCGGGGCAUGGACAUCCGCUUCGACAUGGACUGGAUACGCAGGACACUGGGGGUCUGCCCUCAACACAACGUCCUCUUCGACAUCCUGACGGUGGAGGAGCAUGUGUGGUUCUAUGGCCGCCUGAAGGGGCUGGACAACCAGGAGGUGCAGGAGGAGUUGGCCACUCUGCUGGAUGAUGUCGGCCUGCUGCACAAACGACACGAGGAGUCACGCAACCUCUCUGGUGGUAUGAAGCGUAAGCUCUCCGUGGCGAUAGCCUUCAUUGGGGGUUCCAAAGUGGUGGUUCUGGACGAGCCGACAGCAGGAGUGGACCCCUACUCACGCCGCGCCAUAUGGGACCUGCUGCUCAAGUACCGCAAAGAUCGCACCAUCAUCCUGUCCACCCACUACAUGGACGAGGCUGAGUUGCUAGGCGACCGCAUCGCCAUCAUUUCGCAGGGCAAGCUGUGUUGCGUGGGCUCUCCGCUCUACCUGAAGGCCAAGCUGGGCACCGGAUACUACCUCACCGUCGUCAAGAAGGAGGUGGACAGCAGAGCACCCAGCAACAGUGCCAGUGCAGGGAAAGUCUCUCUUCCCCCCGUGUCCAGGGACAGUGAUUCGUCACUAAGUGAUGACACAGGACUUGGGAGUGAGGACAAUGGCCCUGAUGUGCCCGCCCUGGUGGCGUUGGCGCAGUACCACAUGCCAGAGUCUCGGCUGGUGCAGGACCUGGGCAGGGAGGCGGUGCUGAACCUCCCUCACCGGGCGGGCGAGGACGGCAGCCUGGCACUCUUCCUGGCAGAGCUGGAGAAGAGGCAGCAGGACAUGGGCAUCAGCAGCUAUGGCCUGUCAGACACCACGCUAGAGGAGAUCUUCCUGAAGGUUGCUGAGGAGACAGGUGUAGAUGCGGACCCCACAGAGCCAGCCGAGAGGCCAAACCCCCCCACGUCACCAGCACCACGCCAACGCUCCGUAGAACCCCCUGACGACAGAGAACCAGAGCCUAAGGAGACGGACCUGUUGAGUGAGGAGGGGCGUGCGGGGGAGCCGUAUACGGGGGUGUGGCUCACCCUGCAGCAGCUCCGGGCUCUCUUCGUCAAGAGGUGGCUCUACGCACGACGCAGCCGACGCGGAUUCUUUGCCCAGAUAGUGCUGCCUGCCCUCUUCGUCCUCAUCGCCCUGUUCUUCAGUCUCCUGGUGCCUCCCUUUGGGAAGUACCCUGCUCUGGAGCUGCAGCCCUGGAUGUACGGAGAGCAGUUCACCUUUUACAGCAAUGACGCUCCUCGAGACCCGGACAUCCAGAACCUGCUCCAGGCCCUGCUGGACCCUCCAGGGUUUGGCACCAAAUGCAUGGUGCCAAAUGCAGCGAACACGAGCUGCAAGUUGGAGCGCAACUCGCGCUUCCAGCGUCCGCAGGUGCCGUGGUCCACCUGGAAGCUGCUGGAGAAGGGCAACUUCUCUCCUGCCGACCCCUCACCACAGUGCCAAUGCAGCACAGAGGAGGUCAGACGCAUGCUGCCUGACUGCCCUGAGGGGGCUGGGGGACUGCCACCACCACAGAUGAAGCGGAUAACUGGGGACACCCUGCAGAACCUGACCGCGCGCAACAUCUCUGAUUACCUGGUCAAGACCUACCCACAGAUCCUCAAGAAAAGCAUGAAGACCAAGAAGUGGGUCAAUGAAUUCAGGUACGGAGGCUUCUCUCUUGGCGGGACGCCCCCUCAGACGGUGCCAGACAACUACAGCGUAGAGGACUCAGUCACGGCCUUCCGGUCUCAGUACAGAGUGCCAGAGAACAGCUCCUUAGACCAGCUUCUGCAGAGAUUACCAGAUGUCCUGAGCAACCUCAACCAUCAGCAGAAUGUCAAGGUGUGGUUUAACAACAAGGGCUGGCACGCCAUGGUGUCGUUCGUCAAUGUGCUGAACAAUGGGCUCCUGCGUGCCAAUCUGCCGGCGGGCGCCGACAAGAGACGCUACGGCAUCACGGCAUACAACCACCCUCUCAACCUCACCAAGGAGCAGCUCACCGAGAUGGCAUUGAUGACCACCUCUGUGGACGUCCUGGUGUCCACCUGCGUGAUCUUCGCCAUGUCCUUCGUGCCGGCCAGCUUCGUGCUCUUCCUGAUUGAGGAGCGCGUCAGCAAGGCCAAACACCUGCAGUUUGUCAGCGGGGUGAAGCCCAUACUCUACUGGCUGGCCAACUAUACCUGGGACAUGUUGAACUACUCAGUGUCGGCCAUUAUGGUGGUGUUGAUCUUCAUCGGUUUCCAGCAGCAGUCCUACGUGUCUGAGACAAACCUGCCUGCACUCAUCCUACUGCUGCUGUUCUAUGGUUGGUCCAUCACUCCUCUGAUGUACCCGGCCUCCUUCCUGUUCGAGGUGCCCAGUACGGCCUACGUGGUGCUCACCUCCAUCAACCUCUUCAUCGGCAUGAACGGCAGCAUUGCCACCUUCGUACUCGAGCUCUUCGUGGAUGAGUACUUGAACGAGGUCAACCGGAUCCUGAAGAAAGUCUUCCUGAUCUUCCCGCACUUCUGCCUGGGCAGGGGCCUCAUCGACAUGGCCAAGAACCAGGCCAUGGCAGACGCCUUCCAGAGAUUCGGUGCCAAGCAGACUCUGAAGCCACUAGAUUGGGAUUUUGUGGGCAAGAACCUCUUCUCAAUGGCUGUAGAAGGAGUGGUCUUCUUCAUCUUCACUAUUCUACUGCAAUAUGGCUUCUUCUGCAAACUCAGGCCACAGUGGGCUAAGCCUCUGCUGCCCCCUCUUGGUGGAGAAGAUGAAGACGUGUCCCGAGAGAGAGACCGAGUCCGCAACGGCCAAGCACACACAGACAUACUCUGCAUGAAGGAUCUCAGCAAGAUAUACCAGGUGGGAAGAAAGCCGGCAGUGGACCGCCUGUGUCUGGGGAUCCCUCGUGGGGAGUGUUUUGGUCUGCUGGGGGUGAAUGGAGCGGGGAAGACGACCACGUUCCGCAUGCUGACCGGUGACACCACUGUCACACACGGGGACGCCUUCCUCAGCCAGCACAGCAUCUUGAGUGAGAUGGAGCGUGUGCAUCAGCUGAUGGGCUACUGUCCUCAGUUUGAUGCCAUCAGUGACCUGCUGACGGGCCGUGAGCACCUGGAGCUCUACGCUCGCCUGCGCGGCGUACGGGAGGAGAAUGUGCAGAAGGUGGCGGACUGGGGCGUGCGUAAGCUGGGUCUGAUGCAGUAUGCGGAGCGGGAGGCAGGAGGCUACAGCGGCGGCAACAAGCGCAAGCUCUCCACGGCCAUCUCCCUCAUCGGGGCUCCUCCCGUCAUAUUCCUGGAUGAGCCCACUACAGGCAUGGACCCCAAAGCCAAGCGAUUCCUCUGGAACUGCAUCCUCAGUGUCAUCAAGGAGGGACGGGCUGUGGUGCUCACCUCACACAGCAUGGAGGAGUGUGAAGCUCUGUGCACCCGCAUGGCAAUCAUGGUCAACGGCAGGUUCCGCUGUCUGGGGACAGUGCAACACCUCAAGAACAGGUUCGGCGAUGGCUACACGAUCAUCCUGCGCCUGUUGGUGCCGUCGGAGGAGCCGUGUCCGGUCGACGCCUAUCUGAAGCACUCGUUCCCCGGCAUCGAGCUGAAGGAGAAGCACCAGAACGUGCUGCAGUACCAGCUUCCCUCCCACGCCUGCUCCCUAGCCUACGUCUUCGACGUGUUGGCCAAUAACUACGAGGAGCUGGGCGUCUCCGACUACUCUGUCUCGCAGACAACCCUCGACCAGGUGUUUGUCAACUUCGCCAAAGAGCAGAACGAUGACGACCAGCUGAGAGAAGUGACGGUGAACGGCUCUGCAGGUCAGACCGCCCCUGCCCCUGUCCCGGCCUCCGCCCCCACCACCCAGCUGCUCCCCAGCCGAACCCCCGCAGCCCAGACAGCCUCCAACCUGACCACCUCGCCCAACCACAAGUCCCAACUUAACGGCACCUCCACCUCCCCACUCAAGCCAGCCGCCCCCAGCCCGUCCCCCUCUCCCACCCACGAGCCCAGCCCCUCGCCGUCCCCCAGCCCGACCUCUCAGGCCGGCCAGUCCUCCUCGCCCAACAGGGCAGCGCAGGGCAGCCCAAGCCCAAGCCCGUCCCACGCACUGGUCGCCCCCUCGGCAGCCGCCCAGACCCAGGCCCGGCCCAGGCCCGUGUCAGCGGGGCCGAGCAGGACCAGCCAGUCACCUGAGGUCGACUUAGCCGAAAGACCGUCCAGCUCCACAGCGAGUUACAACAGCAGCAAGGACAUCCCAAUGACAGAGCUGUCGCAGCCAAAGGCCAAGAAGGAGUCCGCGGACGACAACAAUAAGAAAGGCCGCAGUAAAUCGGAGUCCUCCUCCGACAGUAAAGACCCUGCCAAACUGUUCCUGGUGGCGUCCACACAAGAGGACAGCGAGGUCUGAGGAAAGGGGAGCGGGGCUGGUUGCCUGGCAGCUGAAGUUUUAAUAGGGCGUUGUAAAAGAGAGAUAUAUACGGGGGUUCUGCAUGCCAUGGCUGGGGGUUUCGAGGGGGUGGGCGGGAUGAGGAUGAGGGUGAUUUAACGCUCCAAAGUUGUAGAUCUGGUGCCUUGACGGCCAUUUUCCGACCGUCACCACGGUUACUGUAUCGCUGAAUCCAAAAUGUCUGCUCGUUCACCUCACUCCGGUAGUGCACUGCAUAUAGCAGUAGGGAACAAAACAACACAACUCCUGGCCUGUGUAGUGAACUUACCACUGAACGAAUGGACAUUUGGGAUUCAGUAUUUGUGUCACUGUGUCUCUUCCUUGGUGUCAAUUGAGGAAGGUCAAUCUGUGUAGCUGUUACAACCUACUGAGGACUCUCUCGUGAUGUCUUGAGGAGCACAGUAGUACUGUCUUAAGUAUAUACAGAUGCAAACAAAUAAGGAGUACAAUGGGCCAAACAGGCAUGGUCACAAAAUGCUUAAACUUUUAUUUGAGUUAACUUUUAUUUUUUUUGUUUCCUUUUUAUAAUUAAAUGCUUUAAAUUCCUCAAGGCUACCUGUGAAGGAGCUAUGGUUUCGAUGCAACUAACGGUGGUGGGGAGAUUAGUAUUUUUGUGAUUAUGCUUCAUUUGGCCUGUGUACUCCUCAAAUAUCAAUGCAUUCCCCCAAAAUACUGGUUCUACUGUUACUGAAUGUUUCCAUGUUACUGUAAUCUGAUGCACUUUUAAACUGAAACAAAAUAUAUGCACUAUUGGAUAUGGUAUUGUUUUAUUUUAAUGAAACAAUAUGUGCUGGGUCUACUGAUUAUUUCCACCCUACCUACUUACAUAUAUGAUGUGGUGUCUGCCUGAUGAUGUGUAGUAGAAAUGAAUGGAGCGACAUAAAUACAGACUGUCUUUAUAUUCUACAAUAUGGUCAAGGGUAGAUUAUGUGGUGUUCGAAUUUUGCCUCUUAGUAUUUUGCCAAAGCUUCAUAAGCUUUAAAUACACUGAAAAAUUACUGAUUACAAACUUAGAGCAAGUCAGCAACGAUUAUCUACAUUUCCUAUGAAUCAAAUUGAUGCACUUCUUUUGAGCAGCAAAAGUUCAGCAACUUCAUUGAAAUUAUACACGUCACAGCUACUCUAUGGCUCAUAGAAAUUCUCGUCAGCUAGUGAACUGUGACAAGCAUCGUAACACAGUGUCAGUGAUUUACACACUGGCUACAUUCCAAUAUGCGACCUUGCGUCCUCCACUUGUGCUUGUGGCCUCGCCCUUCCUCCUGACCCCUACGCCGUGGAGAAAACAGUAAAGUUUCCCCGCUGUUAGCAUAGCCAAAACAAUUUUUGGGGGACUAUUCUACGUUCACCAUCCAGUUUGUAAAUGAGAAAAUUACUUAACAGUUGAGCCCUUGUAAGAUAUUGAAAUAGGCUGUUGUCAGUGAUGUCAUCAUGACAUAUUACUUCCUGGUACAAGGCCACAAGCACAAGUGGAGGACGCAAGGUCGCAUAUUGGAACGCACAAACUGGCUGUUAGUGGUCUGUUUGUUUCACUGAAAUUUAAAAGGUCAGAGCCAAACUACGCCAGCAAGAUUGAGGGUGGGGGGGAAAUCCACUAAAGAACUCCUUCAAGAUACUGCCUUCAUUAGGUCAGAUUUGAUAUGUUUGUUUUGUUUUUGUUUUGUUUUUUUAACCUCUUUUGAAAACGCUUUGUCUCACGUUUUAAUGAUUGUGAGACAAGUGUAAAUGCUAUAGGCUGCAAAUGCUGCACUUCUGUUACUGAAAAAAAACCCUGUUGCGAUGCAAAGCUGAGCUAGCAUGUGAAGACACAUGAUAUAGAAUGUACUGAUGAAGGACAAUGCUGUGUUAAAAUAGAAAUAUAUACAUACUUCAAUGUCGCUAUGUUAGUUUAUCAAUGUUGAGAAAAUGAAUGUGUAUAUUAAGAGAAUAUUUAUUAAUAAAUACUGUA